GGGUGCUUGUGGGGUAAUGGGGGGGUCUCUGCGAGGCUGCGCAGGGCCCUCCCUGGGCAGCUCUGUGCCGGUGCCAGGGGGGCACGUUCUGGCACUGGCAGUGCCCCAGCCGGUGAGACGGGCCAGGUGGCGUUGCCGUGCCCGGGGCUGUGUCCGUGACCUCGGUGCGGGAGGCCAGCUCAGGCCACCCGAAUUCGGGGCACGUGGGUGGCUCAGCGUGACCUCGCCAGCAUUUCCGGCUGCCGACCUCGGGGCAGACAGCUCACUGCGGCUCGCCCUGCGCCCCACGGCGGGGCUCUGGCUGCCGCGCGGCCCACGGGGCUCCCUGCAGCCGGGCGGGGGUCCCAGGGCCACGGCAGUGGGUGCCGAUGGGUGUUCCCGGCAGGCGUCACGGCGGGCGAUGGCGGAGCAGGGGGAGUACCACCGCCUGGAGGACCUGGAGGAGGACUCACCCCCGGGCGAGGAGGAGCUGCUGGUGCACGUCACCGAGGGGGUGCAAGACUCCUGGCACCACAUCAAGAACCUGGAUAAUUUCUUCACCAAGAUCUACCACUUCCACCAGAAGAAUGGCUUUGCCUGCAUGAUGCUGUCUGAUGUCUUUGAGCUGGUGCAGUUCCUGUUUGUGGUCACCUUCUCCACCUUCCUGCUGUGCUGUGUGGAGUACGAUGUUCUCUUCGCCAACCGGCCCCUCAACCACACUGGUGGGACAGCCCCCGACCGCAGCAAGGUGACGCUGCCCGACGCCAUCCUGCCUGCCCCACAGUGCGCCCAGAGGAUCAGGGCCAGCGGCUGGGUUAUCUUCCUGCUGGUGAUGGCAGCUGCGUUCUGGCUGUACCGGCUGGUGAAGGUGCUGUGCAGCCUCCUGAGCUACUGGGAGAUCCGCACCUUCUACAUCAAAGCCCUCAACAUCCCCUCGGAGGGGCUGUGCAACUACAGCUGGCAGGAGGUGCAGGCACGGCUGAUCUCGCUGCAGCGCCAGCAGCAGAUGUGCGUGCACAAGCGGGAGCUGACGGAGCUGGACAUCUACCACCGCAUCCUGCGCUUCAAGAACUACACGGUGGCCAUGGUCAACAAGUCGCUGCUGCCCGUCCGCUUCCACCUGCCGCUGCUGGGCCCCAUCGUCUUCCUCACCCAGGGCCUCAAGUACAACCUGGAGCUGCUCCUCUUCUGGGGCCCCGGCUCCCUCUUCCAGAACAAGUGGAGCCUGCGGCCGCAGUGCAAGCGUGCAGGCGCACGCCGGGAGCUGGCGCAGCGCCUGGCGCGCACCAUGGUGCUGGUGGGGCUGGCCAACCUGCUUCUCUGCCCCUGCGUGCUGGUCUGGCAGCUCCUCUAUGCCUUCUUCAGCUACGCCGAGGUCAUCAAGCGGGAGCCGGGCAGCCUGGGCGCCCGCCGCUGGUCCCUCUACGGCCGACACUACCUGCGGCACUUCAACGAGCUCAACCACGAGCUGCAGGCGCGGCUGAGCCGCGGGUACAAGCCGGCCACCAAGUACAUGAACUCCUUCACCAGCCCGCUGCUCACCGUGCUGGCCAAGAACGUCGGCUUCUUCGCCGGCUCCAUCCUGGCUGUGCUCAUCGUCCUGACCGUCUAUGAUGAGGACGUGCUCACGGUGCAGCACAUCCUCACUGCCAUCACCCUGCUAGGGCUCGUGGUCACAGUGGCCAGGUCCUUCAUCCCCGACGAGCACACAGUGUGGUGUCCGGAGCAGCUCCUGCAGCGCGUCCUGGCCCACAUCCACUACAUGCCUGACCACUGGCAGGGCAAUGCCAGCCGGUCGGAGACGCGCAGCGAGAUGGCACAGCUCUUCCAGUACAAGGCGGUCUUCAUCCUGGAGGAGCUGCUGAGCCCCAUCCUCACCCCGCUCAUCCUCAUCUUCGCCCUGCCCUCCCGCGCCCUGGACAUCGUCGACUUCUUCCGCAACUUCACGGUGGAGGUGGUUGGGGUUGGUGACAUCUGCUCCUUCGCCCAGCUUGACGUCCGCAAUCAUGGCAAUCCCCAGUGGCUGUCGGCUGGGCAGACAGAGGCCUCGGUGUACCAGCAAGCGGAGAACGGGAAGACGGAGCUGUCGCUGAUGCACUUUGCCAUCACCAACCCGCGCUGGCAGCCGCCGCCGCAGAGCGAGCUGUUCCUCAGCCAGCUGAAGGAGAAGGUGCAGCAGGACGCAGCUGCCGCGCCGCCUGCACAGCGCAUCCUGGCCGAGGGGCCGCUGGGCACAUCCCUGCUCUCUGAGGACUCGGCAGCAGCACCGGAUGCUUUGCUGGCCAGUGUCCUGGCCCGGCCCAUCUUCUCUGCCAGCGGGCUGGUGUCCUGGGACCGGCGCUUCCCCCAGCCCUGCAGCACUGCCAGCGCCGCCGCCAGCGUCCUGGCAUCCCUGGCCGCCUCCCUGCCUGCGCCAGCGCGGGGCUCCGCCACCGACAGCCCUGGCUGCCACAGUGACCGCCGGCUCCCUGAGGAGAGCCUAUUCCUGAGUGAGUCGCGGCUGCGAAGCCUGAGCCGCUCGGCGCUGAUCACCGAAGUGGCCUCGGCUGAGAUGAGCCUCCAUGCCAUCUACCUGCAUGAGCUUCACCAGCAGCAGCAGCAGGGCCCUGGGCCCCAGGCUGUAGGGGUGUGGAUGACCACGGGGGGACCCAAGCCACCCUCCAUGACCGCAGGCUCUGCUGCCAGAGCCUCCCAGGCUCAACUCCGGGAGAUGCCACUGGGUGGCUGGGCUGAGGAAGAGGAGGAAGAGGAGGAGGAAGAGGAAGAGCAGACGACGACCUAGCUGACCUCAGCUUCGGUGGGUGAGGGCACGGCACGGCCAGGGAGAGCCGAUGACCACCC